UCUUGCACCCAUCUCAUCUCUGACAAUAAUCGCACAUGCGCAGUAGCGAAUGGACAGGAUUCAUGGAUUGUAGAGCGGCAGGCAGGCUAACCGGCGUUAGCACGAGAAAGUACAGAGCUUCAACAUGAGCAGCCAAGGAGCCGCAAAACCAAGAGAGAAGGAGCAGGAGGAGAGCUUCUACGACUGCCAGGAGACCCUGGAGCCUUCCAGCCAAAGGGAGGAGGAGAACAUUUACAAAAGUCACCGACUGACUGACAGAAGAGACAACACAGACGGGGCAGGAAGAAGUCAGGAGGAGGAGGAGGAGGAGGAGCAGAGCAUAACGCUGCAGGAGGAGGAGGAGGAGGAGAAGAAGGAGCAGCAGAGCAUAACGCUGCAGGAGGAGGAGGAGGAGGAGCGGGGCGACAGGUCACAGGAGGAGGAAGAUUCACAGACGAAGGAUGAGAGCAGCCAAGAGGUGGAGUUUGAUGAUGACUACCUGAAGGAGGCGGAGACGGAGCUGACGGAGAAGGAAAAAGAGAGUCGACGGAAAGAAAGUUUAUCCCUGAAGGAAAAGGGCAACAGCCAGUUUAAGGCUGGAGACUGGCUGGAGGCGGAGCGGAGCUACACCGACGCCCUGGUUUCAUGUCCGGUUUGUUUCAGCCGGGAGCGAGCGGUGGUGUUCUCCAACAGAGCAGCUGCUCGACUCCACCUGGGUUUGAAGGAAAAGGCGAUCUCUGACUGCAGCAGAGCAAUAGAGCUGAAUCCAGACUACGUGCGGGCGUUGCUGAGGAGGGGAGAGCUCUACGAGCAGACUGAGAAGCUGGAUGAAGCUCUUGAAGACUACAAGAAGGUUCUGAACCUGGACCCGACCCAGACCAGCGCCAGUCAGGCCUGCAUGAGGCUGCCUCAGCAGAUCCAUGAGAGAAACGAGAAGUUGAAGGAGGAGAUGAUGAGCAAACUGAAGGACCUGGGGAACCUGGUCCUGAGACCGUUUGGACUUUCCACCAACAAUUUCCAGGUGAACCAGGACACAGACACCGGCUCCUACUCCAUCAACUUCGUCCAGAACAACAACAGAUGACAUCCCUCAGGGCAGUGAUGACAUCACAGAGGACCCUGGUUGUUCUCUGGGAUCCAUAGUAACUGCAGGACCAAUUGCUGUGACGUUGUUCUUACAGGAUCCUUAAAAAUAAUAAAGAUCAUGAGAAAGCUGUUUAAAUAAAUUUUUUAUUU